GUAUCUGUGAGUGGAACAUGUCGUAUACGUCUGAUAGAAGAACUGAUGAUCAAUGGUCGGCCGACUCUAAAAAUGGUCCGAACGAUAGUGAAACACCUAAUUAUGGAGGUCCUCCAGGAAUGGAUCCCGAUGGUCUCAUUGAGUCCAAUUGGGAGCAGGUUGUCGAGAGUUUUGAUGACAUGAACUUGAAAGAAGAACUACUACGUGGUAUUUAUGCUUAUGGUUUUGAAAAACCUUCGGCUAUUCAGCAACGUGCAAUUGUACCAUGUGUAAAAGGACUCGAUGUUAUCGCACAGGCGCAAUCUGGUACUGGUAAAACAGCUACAUUUUCAAUUUCAAUUUUGCAACAAAUUGAUACAUCAUUGAACGAGUGCCAGGCAUUAAUCCUCGCUCCAACUCGUGAGUUAGCUCAACAGAUUCAAAAAGUCGUUAUUGCACUGGGAGAUUUUAUGCAUGCACAGUGUCAUGCUUGCAUUGGAGGAACCAACGUACGAGAAGAUAUGCGUAAAUUGGAACAAGGCGUUCAUGUGGUCGUAGGAACUCCUGGAAGAGUUUAUGACAUGAUUAGUCGACGUGCACUCCGUACCGGGAACAUUAAAUUAUUUGUAUUGGAUGAAGCUGAUGAGAUGUUGUCACGUGGUUUUAAAGAUCAAAUUCAUGAUGUAUUUAAAUUACUUCCAAAUGAAGUUCAAGUAAUUUUGCUAUCGGCUACUAUGCCUAGUGAUGUUUUAGAAGUAUCAAAGUGCUUUAUGCGCCGACCAGUCAGUAUUCUUGUAAAGAAAGAAGAACUUACGCUUGAAGGUAUAAAGCAAUUUUAUAUAUUUGUUGAGCGUGAAGAUUGGAAAUUUGAAACAUUGUGUGAUUUAUAUGAUACAUUAAGUAUCACACAAGCUGUUAUUUUUUGUAAUACUCGUCGUAAGGUCGAUUGGCUCACUGAAAGUAUGCACAAUCGUGAUUUUACGGUUUCUGCUAUGCACGGAGAUAUGGAACAAAGAGAACGUGAUCUUAUUAUGAGACAAUUCCGUACAGGAUCUUCUCGGGUUCUUAUCACGACUGAUCUAUUGGCACGUGGUAUCGAUGUACAACAAGUAUCUCUUGUUAUUAAUUAUGACCUUCCUUCAAAUCGGGAAAAUUAUAUUCACAGAAUUGGACGUGGUGGUCGUUUUGGACGUAAAGGAGUAGCUAUAAACUUUGUCACUACUGACGAUAAACGUACGAUGAGCGAUAUUGAACAAUUCUACAAUACUCACAUUGAUGAAAUGCCAUUAAAUGUUGCAGAUUUAAUCUAA